AUGGAAGUUCGUCUUGAGAUCGCCGAGGAAGCUCUCAAGGUGUUUGUUGCCGCACUGCAAUGCCUCGCGCAAGUAGGCAAAGAGCUAUCAAUUGAAUGUGAUCCAUGCUCCCGUCGUCUUACGCUUCGUUCUCUUAAUGACGCGCAUUCUGCUUCUGGCCAAGUAGUUCUGGAUCGUACAUUUUUCUCCGAGUCUCAGGACAGCAGUAUCACGCUAGAGGGCGUAGAAAUCUUCUCAUUCGAGAUGCUAAAGGCGAGAUUUAAUGGUCGCACACCGUUUGUCAAGUGCAAAGUGUUUGCCAAAUCAUGUUGCAAUGUUUUUCGGACGCUCAAGCACGUGCAGAGCGUCCAAUUGGCGCUGCUGGUGGACCAAGAAGCACUAGAUCUCGCCGACAUGAGCCAGGAAGACGCCUCACAGAGCAGCCAGGUGGACGAAAUAGACGUCGACUGCAUGGAGCUGCGCUGGAAGCUGCGUUGUGACUUUGAUAUCACAAAGACCCACCACAUGAAGGUCCAGUCGUGCCAAAUUAUGCGUGCCGUGUUCGAUAAAGAUGCGUGUCCUAAUCGCUGGCGGACACGGCAGCACCAUUUAGGCUCUUUAUUGGCUCAUAUACAUCGUAGUAAUGAAGUUAGUGUCACAUGCACAGCUACACAUGUGAAGUUUGAAAGCUAUUUCUCUAAUGUUACAGAUAGUAAGGCACAGCUACAGACAGAGACAGCAGUGGCGAGUGCUGAGUUUGAUGAGUACAUAUUACAGCCAGCUACAGAUAGCAUUGAUUCGUCGGCACAAUUGAUUUUCUGUAUUAAAGAGAUCAGGGCUUUGCUAGCGUUCUGUAAAACGAGUGACGUGUCGGAGGUUUCCUUUUAUUUCACGACAAGUGGCAGCCCGGUGUUGUUUGCAGCCGAGUCGACGUCUAUGGCUAAAUUUUCUAUCGAGAUGACGCUGUCCACAGUCACAAUGUUUCUGCCGGCGUCGUCACAGGCUCGUAGUGAAGAAGAAGUCCCGCUUUUUACUGAUGGUGGUGAUAAUUGUCCGACACUGUCACAAUCACAGUCUUCAUCGCAAGAGAACCCCCGAUAUCUGACUCACAGUAAGCGUCCGCGUGUGGAUUAG